AUGGCAGAAUCUUUGGUAUCGCUUCCAGAGGUUGAGCAGGUCAGCGAUCGGGUUAUCAGGGUUCUGAGCGGCAACCCCAGCAAGUUCACGCUGCAAGUUGGUCGUGGCGCAUCACGACUGCUCAUUGACACUGGCGAAGGCAAACCACAAUGGAUUGCCUCGAUCAAAGCGCUCCUUUCAAAGGAGAACAUCGCCAUCGAUAAAGUGCUAUUGACGCACUGGCACCACGAUCAUAUCCAAGGCGUCCCCGACCUACUCGCGCACUCUCCCGACACGAAGGUCUACAAGAACGAUCCGCGCGACGACUGGCUCGCGAUAAGUGAUGGGCAGAAGUUCGAGACGGAAGGCGCAACCCUACGUGCCUUCUUCUGCCCGGGACAUACCACAGACCACACAGCUUUCGUGUUGGAGGAAGAAGAUGCCAUGUUCACGGCGGACAACGUAUUGGGUCAGGGCACAGCCGUAUUCGAAGAUCUGGCAGCGUACAUGAAGAGCCUCGACGCCAUGUCGACGCAGUUUAGAGGUCGCGCAUAUCCCGGUCAUGGGCCUGUCAUCGAAGAUGGCCCAUCAAAAAUCACUGAGUAUAUAAAACACCGCAAGCAGCGUGAGAAACAGGUGUUGGAUGUACUUGCGGAGAGUCAAGGCAUGGGUUCUAUGGAUAUUGUGAAGGUAAUAUACAAGGAGUACCCUGAGAAUCUCUGGGAACCGGCGGAGAGGGGGAUACGCCAGAUUCUCGACAAGCUGAAGCAGGAGGGCAAGGUGGGCGGUGACAAACUGUGGGUACUUAGUGGGAAGAGUAGUACUUAG